AUGAAGAACGACGUCGAAGACGGCGGCGGCGGCUUCUGCUUUCUGCGUCUCUCGACGGAAGCGGCGGCGGUCACCGGUCGGAAGCUGGGCCCGGAUGUCAAGCAGCCGGCGGAGAAAAAGACGGAUGUAAAAAUCAAAAUUAAAGAUGAUCCAGGAGGGGGAGCUGCUAAGCCCAGUAUGGAACUAUCGGACUUCCAUAACGAACGGAAUAGCACGUCUUCGGUGAGCCAGCCAGCACACUAUUCCGCGGUGGGCCCGGUCAACGGUGGGUCGUCGAGUAUUGUCAACAGCACUGGGGAACAACGGAAAGCUGCCACCGGAGGAGAGCCCGUCACCAGCGCGAUUAGCGGCCCAAGCACGACGACGACGAUAGCGCAGAACGCCAGUGUGGCGGCGGUGGUGGCGGCGGCGGCGGCGAGCAACGUGAUCGCCAGCAAUUGUGCGCCAUCCAAUCACAAGUACCUGCAUAAGAAGUUUAAGCGUAUUGCCAGUGUCACCCCCACGGAGGAAGAGGACGACGAGAGGGAGCGAAAGGGCAAGAGCAGCGCACAGGAAGCCUCCGCCGUCGCCACCGCCGCCGGUGGGAGGCUACUAGCGCUCGGGAACGGGUUGAUCGAAAGUUCCACCUCCAGCACGGCGAACACGGCGGCGUGGGUAGCACAGCACAGUCACACACCGCCGGGCACGGCCACCGAUCCGUACGGUGCAGUUGGGCCAUCGUAUCCCGCGGUGUUGCACCAACAGCCGGUGGUGGUCGUACGUCCUUCCGCGACGGUGGCUCCCCUCAUAAACCUAGCGUCUUCCACGGUGGCGCCUACACAGCUCAACGCCCAACAUCUACGCAUCAUCGCCGACGAUGAUGAAUGUGCCAAAACGGGGAUAGUGCGAAAGUCGACCACCACCAUCAGCAGCAGUAGUAGCAGUAGCCGUCGGCAACUGGCCAACGGGAGCUUUGACGUUCCCGGUGUCAACGAGCAGUCCCAUUAUUCAACGCUGCUACACCCUGUGGAAGCGGUUAUCGGUUACAGUCAACAAUCGUACCAUCCUCAGUCGCUGCUGCUCCAGCAGCAGCCGGUCAGUAGACUUCAGAAACAAACCAGUACCACCAACAACAGCACCAGUAGUGUCACCACCACCGGGGGUGGUGGUCAGCCAUUAUCGGCGCUGUCAUUGUCCGUCGCUGAUAGCUGUGAUUUGGGCGCCGGUGCACCGAUAGUGGCCACCGUCGGAGGCGAUCACCCGAGCCGGUUCGCCCGAUCGCCCCAACCGCGGACGACCCCGGUACAAUUCAUCGUCGGCUAUCAGCAUCAUCAGCAGCAGCAGCAGCCGGCGGAGUAUCAGCUGCACCAUCAGCAGCCCGUUCCUUUGUUGCUUCAUCAACCUCACGCCGCCGCCGCAGGGUUGAUGUACGCCGGAUCCGGAGCCGGAGGAAGCGCCUACGUUGGUGAUAACGAAGCGACCAUCCAGCGCCACCACCACGACCGUCAUAGCCGCCGUCAUCAUUCGGCCUCCGUCGGGGUGACCCGUUCUUCGUCGCCUUCGGCCGGCUCGUCUGGUUCACCGUCGCCCCCGGCGGUAGCAAGUGCCAUAGCCGCAGCGGCAGUUGCGGCCACAGUUGGUCUUCCAAAUAGUACAACCCUUCUAGCCGCGAGUGGUGCCGCAAUCGGCCAGCACUUCAACAGUGCGGUCGCCUCAGCCAUCGCUCCCGGGGCAGCCAGUGGUUCGUCCACUGGCCGGUACGUGUGCCCGUACUGCCAGAUGAACUGCAGCAAACCGUCGGUCCUGGAGAAGCACAUCCGACGGCACACGAACGAGCGGCCCUUCAAGUGUGUUCUGUGCGGAAUCGCGUUCAAAACGAAAAGUAACCUCUACAAACAUCGGCGGUCGCGAGCACAUGCUUCAAAAAGCCAGGGCGAGGAUUCCUCGGGACACCCGCUGCUGCUGGACGAGGACGGUGCAUCGAUCGGUGGGUCGGACAUUGAUGAUAAGGAGCUGAGUAACAGUGGUUCCGAAAUUAUGAACUAUCGUGGAUCUCCGAUGGAGGACCGAGUGCACUCGCCGCAGCAGCUGCUGGUGGAGAAACCGUACAAGCCCAAGUUCCACAAUGCAGCCCUGUAUAGUAACAAAUUCGACUGCAAACCAGUGGCAACCGUUGGCCCGGUCGGGGCCAAUGUGAACGUCGUAUACUCCAGUGCACCGCAGAGUAGCGUUACCAGUAGCAGUAAUUCUGGCGUUGGGUCAUUCGGAUCAAUCACACAAGCAGGAGGAGUAGGUCCUGCGCAUGCCAUCGUUGGGCCACACUAUCUGAACGGACAAAACGCAGAAUCGCUCGAGCAGCACAUAUCCAAGCUUAUCAUGCAGAACGAAGCGAUCGUCGACGUGGUGGAGGCUCCGUUGCAGAAGAAGUACCAUAAAAUAACGGGCAUAAGCCGGGGCAUUUCGGUUACCGGUGUGGCUCCCCCCCUUGGUGGCGGCGGCUGCGGCGGUUCUUCGGUGUCGGCGACGGGCAGCUGCAACCCUAUGCAAGGCGGACAAAUGGUAGCGGCGCACGAUUCGACUUCCACCCGGCUUCUGGCCAAUGCGUUGCUGCACAAACGGCAGGCAGAAGAACAGCUACUUCUGCAGCACCAGCAACACCAUUUGCUACAACAAAUGCAACAGCAGGAGCAGCAACAGCAGCAACAUUACUUUCACUACCUUCAUCAUCCCGGGCAGCAGCAGCAGCAGCAGCAAAAUGUGAUAAAUUUGGCCAGCAAAGCGAUUGUGGCACCAAAAACGAGCGCCACUGUUCGGCAGCAGGCGCAGCAGCAGCAGCAAAGACAACCGUUACUACAGGUGGUAUCAUCUUCGCUGACGUCCGUCGGUGACAAUGCCGAAAAUGGCCCUCUACUGUCGAAUGGCCCAGAAGGGGCGUCUUCUUCCGCAGCCGGCACCAGGCCCGGGAGCAGGGGCAGUACGAUCGUGGAUGCCGAUGAGCCAAGCACUGGCGGCAUACAGCCUUUGAACCUCACCAAAACGACGACAAACACGGCAGAUUAUUCGCUAUCGCAGGCCUCGGUUCUCCUGCAACCAGCGGCAUCAGCGACGGUCAACAGCGCUUCGGUAGACGGUGAGCCAUCGCACGCAUUGAAACCGUAUCGCAAGCGAGUGCUAGAACCGACAUCGGCGGUAUCCGUGGUGUCAGCGGUCGUGGCACCGACUGUAACGAUGACGUUCGUAGCCACGUCGUCGUCGUCGUCGAUGGUUUCGGUGUCAUCCAGUUCGGCAGCGGCAGCAUCAACGGCAGCAGUGGAUAUGGCACAACCACCACCGCAUCACGUUCCGUUGCAUGUGCAAAUUUCAACGGCCCCCAGUGGCCCUAUCGUUCCUCCGCUGCGACCAACGCCGACCUCGACACCGCCAAUGACGGUGGCGAACCACCCGCAGAAUCCGGAGCGUUCCAUCAUCAAGGAUCUGCUGCUCAACUCGCGCGGCUUCGGGGUGGUGCAAAACCCGGACGGUGAGAACGGGGAGAACCUGUACACGUGCAAGAUGUGCAACGUAUCGUUCCGGGACGUGGAUUCGCUCAAGUAUCACAUGAUCUGCCACUGCCAGGGUAGCGGGAGCAAUCUGAACAGCCCCUCGUCAUCCAGUGCCCCGAUCAGCCCGGUCGGCUCUCCGUCCGCUGCGGCGGCUUACAUACGUUCGCGCUCCGUGAGCAGCCUGAAGCAUUUGGCACGCUCCUCCCUGAAUCCCCCGGCCACCGCAGGACGCCAGCCGUCGUCGCUGUGCAAACUCGCCAAAUCCCAACUAACGAGACCGCGGCCGAAGCCGGAAAAUAUAUCGAUCGCACCGGCAGCGCUCGGUGGCUCGUCACCGGCACCGCUGCAUGGCGGCGACAGCGACGGUGCAGGAACAUCAUCGAGAAGCGCCAGCACGUCGUUCGAGUUGAUACAAAAUCCGCUCCCUUCACCUGGGCCCCUGCUCGGAAACACGCGGCUCGUGGAUCCACAGCGUGGCAACGAUGGUAAAUCACAAAAGCACGCGCCGUUGGCGGUGGACGGUGGUGCGAUGGGCCGCCGGGAACCGGAAAAGGGCGCUGACGUGCUGGUCGAAAUCGAUCACGAGGAGUCUCACGAGCGUGCGGCAAUGUUCCGCCAGGCGUUGCAGUCCGCGGCGACACACUUUCACUUUCCACCAAUCAACCAGAUUACGGCCUACAAUCCGCUAACGCUGCCAAAGGGACAAGCCGCCAGGCAAGAGACUGCCGAUCCGUCACUGGGCCAGGCGUCUCAGAUCGUGCACGGUGGAAAGCUGAUCCCCUUCGUGCAGGGCAUGCCAGGUCCAAACACGCUCACCGCGGUUGCCGUGCCCGGUGGUAUGGAUGCGCUGCAAUCUGUCCGCACUGCCCCCGGCGUCAGUACGACGGUGGUCAAUCUGCAGUCGCUGCUAACGAUUGUCGUACCUGCCGGAAGCUGUUCCACUGCCUCGAGCGGUCCCACAUUGGUCACCAGUUCGCUACCGUACAAAGUGCACCCGUCGGCGACCGAUAACAGUUCGUCGCUGCUGGCGAUCCAACAGAUCUCCCGCCUCGGACCGGACCCGGCGGCUGUGGAAAAACAUCUCAACAAAUUUUCUGCUGCAGGAGCAGCGGUGCCACCAACGAAUCAACCGAAGAAUGGAUUUUGUCGUGAAAUCUGGUCACCCGCCAAACAGCAGACACAGGCGGCACCGGACGUGCUGUUCAAAAAGAGAUUCAACUUCACACGGAUCGCUGAUAACAUAAGUCCACGCAAAAAAGAAACCCCAAAAGAAGUGGUGCGCGGCACCGCCAGCGGGCUCGUCACAGAGGGCACGAAAAAGAUCGAAGAAGUGCGGUACUUCAACUUCGAGACAAUGAUAUCAAAGUCGGAAAUACUGAUAAAACCGCCACCACCGCCGUCCGCCACCGGCGUGACACCGACACCGUCAUCGGCGGCGCAGCAACACGAUAGCGCACCGAUCGGUGCCUCUCCGGUGCCGCCGCCGCCGCCGCCGGAUCAGAGUAACCUGACGCUGACGCUGGCUGCCAGUGGCUCAUUUCCGGCCCCAUCGAAAGCGAACAAAUUCCUGCGCCCCAACACACUGCCCCUGAAGCCGGGUACCUUCACACCGAAGCGCCACCAUGGCAUAACGCCGACCAACAACACGAUGCCGCUGAUUUCACCGGAAACCCCACGCCCCUCGAAGAGCUGCCGGGAGCUGUACUUUAACGGGCACGCGUACACGAACAUUGGCCUGAAGUCGAGCACGAAACCGUUCUACUGUACCGUCAACAAGACGCAACCGUUCUACUUCCAGACCACCAAGCAGCUGUCGAUGUACAGCAACUGGCAGGUCCACCCGGAGAACGACCCGCAUCCGCUCGGUUUCGGCCAGGUGACGGUGAUGGCGCUGUACGAUUCGAAUCAACAGCUCGACCGACGGUACUCCAUAGCCUGCCCGAAAACGGCCCCGCUAACGGUGGUGGCCAGUCGAGGUGACGUGGCCAUCAGCACCGGAGCGCAUUCGCUGGCGGGGGAAGCCAAUGUUCGCACCACCCCGGUGGAGGUGACAUCGAGUGUCGCUGGUACGCCGUUCGCACUGACGACGGCAAUAGUUGUCGCCCAGCCGCAGCAGCAGCCAUCGGCUGGGGUCGAUUGUGCUACGUACGGUGGUGGUGGCCACAACACUGUUACGCCGCCACCGUGCGAGGGAACACUUUCCGCAUCCUCCGAAACGCCCAUGCUCAAUGAACCUUCGAUGGAGGCGUCCACGAUUGGUUCCACGUCUCGGCAACCGUCACCGCGCAGUGAGUCGGCUGAGCCACCGCUUUCCGGGGGCUUCGAAAGUACGGAAGAGUACACGUACGUACGGGGCCGCGGCCGGGGCAAGCACGUGUGCCCAUCGUGCGGUAUUCGGUGCAAGAAGCCUUCGAUGCUUCAGAAACACAAACGCACCCACACCGAUGUGCGGCCGUACUCGUGUCACUACUGUAGCUUCCAUUUUAAAACGAAGGGCAACCUAACGAAACACAUGAAGUCCAAAAGUCACUACAAAAAGUGUACGGAAUUGGGCCUCAAUCCGGUGCCGGUGCACGUCGAUGACGAUGGCGAUCAGCAGUCCGUAUCGAGUGAGCGUACAUCGACGAUACCGGGCGAUUCCGACACUCCCACCGAUAUGGAUGCCGACGAUACGGAUGACAGUGAAGAAUCCAAAAAUCGACUGCCAGAGCACGAGGCAGCGCAAGGUUUACUGUCGCUGUCGAUGACUCGGCCAACGUCGGCCUGCAGUAGUCUCGGUGGUGGUGGCGGCGGCAGCGGCGGCCCUGGGUCUACCAUGCUGUCCCUGGGAGAUGCAACUGCCGGCACGGCUUACGUGAAGCCAAGCCCCGUAGCCUACAUGAUGCCAGUGGAGGCCGUGGCCGGUCCUCUGAUGGAGGUUCAUUGUGGAUCGUCGGUAACGCUGGAAGCAAUAGCCGCCGAAGCUACGAUUAGGCGAGACGCCCUUCCGACGAAUGUUGUCCUGUCCGGCGCGUCUCCAGCGACAGCUGCACCAGCACCGCGGCGUGUGAUUACGUUUGGCAGUGGACCGAAGCUGGAGUACAACUUGCUCAAACACGAGCAGUACUACUCGGAUCCGAACGUGGGCCGAAAGAAGCGGGACUACGAACGAUCGUUACCGAACGCCAGCGAAGAAGCAGCCCAGGCGGGCGACGCGGAUGAUGAGGAUGAAACGGCCCGACCGAUGGAUUUGACCAAGAAACCGAGACAGUUGCUGGCCGAACGACGGGAUGGUGUGGAGGAGGUGGUCGCAGCAGCAGCCGGCAUCACUGCCUCCGACGAUCCACGCUACGACGAUGGUCGGCGGUUGUCGAUCAACUAUCAUCCCCAAACACACAAGCACCCACUGGCCAUGGUAACGCCGGCCCAGCAGUCGGUCGAGUUAAUGAGUCAUCACGGUCCGUUACAACAAAAUGUGCACCACCUCCACGAGCAGCAGCAGCAGCAACAACAACAGCAGCAGCAGCGGUAUGCGGGUGCAGUGCAAAUGUCGGACGUGUUGACGCCAAUCACGGGCACGGCCAACCUGUUGACCACACUCGUGUCCAACACGGACAAGAUCCCCUUGAUGAUACCGUUCGAGCCAACCGGUGGCACCACUCCCAGUGGCGUCGAUGGGAAUGCACAUUUUCACGAGUACCUGAAACAGAGAGCCCUGCAGGACACCAAGAUUAAGCAGAGCCAAAUGAAGCCCGGUUGCGGUAGUGGCAUCCUAAUGAUGCGGGACACCACACCUCCGGUUCAGCAGCAGCAGCAGCACCACCACCACCACCAACAACAUUAUCCAGUGCAGCCGAAUCUGCUUUUGCAGCCCGCGGUGGUAGACCCGAACCACCAGAAGCCACCGAGCCACUCGCCGGGGACUCAGGGACAACCGAGCGCCGUAAUGCCGUUGAGCACAACGACGACGGUGAUCGGUGGUGGUGGUGUGCAGGCGACAACGGAACGUGUUUACCGUAUUUUCAAUGGCAAGAACGAUCGCCAUCGUACCACGCCCAGCGCGAUCGCGGUCACUCCUAGCAACAACACGCUUACGUCGAGUGCCAUCGUGUCCACGGUGGGUGAGACCACGGUGGGUGAACCGAAAACACUGCUGGAAGUGCCACUUCCGGGGUCGAUGAUCUGUUCCGUGAUUCCGGGUCCGCCGGCUGUAACCGUCACGAGCGCCACGGUGGCGCGUGUGCUGGGUGGAGCCGAGUGCCCUCCACUGCCCGAGAAUGCUUCCCCGAUGGAUACUCUGGCUGAAAUAGCGGCCGGUUCGCUAAAGCUGGACGUUACCAAGGUACCAACGACGGUGUCGGCGGGUGACAAAGCGGUGGAACUUUCGGCUCCCGUGCUCCUCCCUACCCAUGCUCGUUCGCGGAGCAACAGCUCCACCUCGGGUGCAAACAAUGGUGCGCCCGUGGUGCCGGAGAGUGCCAAAACGUUGGCUUCCGAGUAUCUGAAGCUGACCAAAUCGGUUACAAAUGCGGCGGGCAAGCGCAAGCGUGAGGACAGCGAGAGCGGAAGCACUACCUCCGAUCAGGAGGGCCCGAUCGGUGUAUCCGCGCCUUCGACGGUGGCUGCCAUGCUUCCCGUCGGCAAUAGCGGCGUAUCGUCCGAAGGCAGACCGAUCGCAACGGUGGCUCCGAUCGUGGCAAACGCUAAUCCGCACGCUUCCCAGCAACAACCGGGUGACGGGAGUGCUCCAGCGAGUGCUGGGGUGGCCAGCAACCCGAUGGGGUCUGUCGCCGCACCGUCGGCCGCAGCGACGGACGUUGCCGCUGCGCAAACAAUCGGUCCCGUCCGGAAGAUGGUCGUCGGUGAGGACGGUUUCAAGGCUUCCGGUGGCGAGUUUGUCGCGGGGACGGCACCUACGUUCUCCCACCACAUGCAGGAGGACGGUGGCCGGCCGGUCUGUGAAAUAUGUCACAAAAAGUUCCACAAACUGUCGCAGCUCAGCAUCCACAUGAACAUUCACUACAUGGAGCGCAAGUACCGGUGCGAACCGUGCGGGACCAGCUUCCGGUCGCAGGGCCUCUACCUGAAACACGAACGGUCGGCGACGCACCGCAACAAGGUGUCGAUGACGAACACGUUCGGUGUGGCAACCGACACGAACCCGCGACCGUUUUACUGUCGCGACUGUGACGUCGGGUUCCGCAUCCACGGCCAUCUGGCGAAGCAUCUGCGCUCGAAGCUGCACAUCCUCAAGUUGGAGUGUCUCGGCAAGAUACCGUUCGGGACGUACACGAAAAUCGAAGAGUCGGGCAUGAACCUGAACGAGAUCGACACAUCGGACUGUGAAAAUUCACUGUCCAGCUUUCAGCGGCUCGCGAUUCAGUUGAAGGUGAAGGAUUCUUCCAAGAUGCUUCCGGCUGGCGGCAGUACUAUUGAUGGCCGCCCACUGUCCAGUGGUGGUGCUUGUGAUAACGAAACGGACAGUUGCGACGAAACCGAUAACGGUGGUGUCGGGCCGUCCGAAGUGUCUAGUGCAGGUGCUACAGCACCACCGAGGAAGAGUGGCGCUGAGCCUUCGUCCGAAGACUCUUCCCAACCGGAGUCGCGCCGAGCUAAUCCGCGGACAUCGGUGGAUAGCAGCAGCGGCGGCAGUAGUGAGCGGCGACUCGGUUCUCGGGUCGAGCCGGGUGACGGAGGACCGCCGCUGGUGCAGCGUAGUGAAAGUGAUAUCGAGCCGCGGAACAUAAACAACAACGUGAAGCGCAAAUCGGACGAUACGCCGGCUGGCGUUGGCGGCGAAAGCUCGGCGGCUUCCGACGCUAAACGGUUACGGUACGCGAACGAAUUGGACGCCAAGGGUUCGGCCAACCUUCAUGCUGUCGAAUAGAUUUCCCUACCGCCGUGUAACGCAUAGGUGAGUGCCAAAUUUUACUUCUGUGGGGUGGGGUGGCAAAGUAAAACAAAACCUAUAAGUGUAUUAAGGUACUACCAUUCUGAAGUGCAAAAAACACUACGCUGUGUAGUAGUGUGCCCACAAAACGUAUGUGCCAAUCGAACGCGCGGUUCCGUUCUUUCCUUCCCACAACACAAAAAGGGGUUCACAAACAGCAGCAGCGCAGGACCCUUCGUAGAAGGGACAAUUUAUGGUUCAAUAUGUUGCACAAUAAGCAGUUACUGUUACGUCUGUCGGGGUUAAAAUAGUAGCGGUUCGGUUCGGAUCUGGCCAUAGAGUGGUCACCGGUUAGCGUUACGUGCGCGCUGUGGUUUAAGUAGGAUUACAACACACGUUCUGCCCCCCCAAAUGAGGCGAACGAACCGAAUAUCUAGGAUAGAGGAUUCCGUCGAAACGUGUGGACAAACAGAAAAGCAUAUCGUGUGUAGGCAUAUAAUCCGUGUACGAAGGCGAAUGAACCUCACUGAUGAAGUCACUAUAAAAACAAACGUGCGAGUGACCAAAUUGUACACUAACAUCGAGUCGAGUUUAGUAUCGAGGAUUAACAGAUACCCUUAUUCGAUGUAGACAAACCAGUAAGAAAACAAAAACAUACACAAACCUCUACACAUCGAAAGUGCGAUAAAUAUGCGAUAAAAUUAUAUGAAAACAUAUAUUAUAUAUUUUUAUACUGACCAAGUUUUUCGGUUCCUCGCGCCUCUUGUCACAGGCUUAUUUUUUGAAAUCCCUUGACCAAGAGCUUGAGGCUAAACCUCUCUUCCUUAGGAAUUUUUUGGCUAUUAUAUGGUACGUCCUAUUGGAAGAGGCAAACAAAAAACGGAGAAGAAAACACGGUACAACUGACACUUUUACCUACCUUCGUGUACACCACAACACCGUCUUUAUCAGUCGAAAGAUAUCCAUUGAUCCAUCGAGAUAUUUGUUACUUUUCCAAAGAAAGACAAACAAAAACAUAGAUAAAGCGGGCUUUACACUCUUAGAGAUCCGUUGUCGCAUAUCAACACCCUUUUUGCAAAAAUCUAUUGUCGAGAGAACGUCGAGAGAAAACAAUAGAUAAACACCACCGUCACCACACAAAACAUUCGGGGAAAGGUUCGUGGAAAACCGUCGCGGCGUGUCGUCGUCAUCAUUUGGAAACAUUUUAUAAAGGUAUUUGUUGGAUAUUCUGUUCGACAGCCACUUUAGUGUGUCUCACAAGUGAGCCAAUUUCACUUGUAUUAUUUGCACAAGACCUUUGGGCGGUUUGUGGCGUCGUGCAAGUUUUGUUGGGAAAAGAGUGUCCACUUUUGUGCGUUUAUUUGAGGCAAGAAAUGCAAAAACACAUCGAUAUAUGCCACAUUACACAUCAAAAACAUUCGUUCGCGACCCUACAUUAUUGUAGUGUAGUGCGCCAAAUGCCCGAACAAUUUUAAUAUUAACGUAGCGGCCAACGGGUGGGACCGAUCCGAUGUCAACCGGUGACCGAAAAACGUAACUAUAUGAUAUAUGUAUAUAAUGAGUUAAAAACCAGAAACACAAGCUAAGCCGAAAGCUAUACUAGUAGAUAUUAUACGACUCAUUACGAUAUAUAUAUACAGCAAACACGAUAUAUUUCAUAGUAAAAAGAAGGUGAUUUUAGGAUGUAAAACUCUAAAUCAGUAACAAACGCAAAGUGAACGGGAAAUACAUCUACACCUAAGCAUCAAUCAAACUCAAGAUGAUAAAACAAUGGAGUAAAAAGCUGAAAAUUCCUCACUAAAGUAGUAACUCACAAAAACCAAAAGUCGGGCGAACAGUAGAAAGCAAAUAAUCAUUGGCAACAACGCACACAACUUGUUAUUGGUUUACAAAAUAUUGAAACAGACAGCAACUACUAUUACUACUACUACUGUGUAAAACCCGCGGACCAGAACCAGAACCGGAACGAAAGAAACCGAGAGAGAGAGAGAGAGAGGGUGACAGAGGAUUUUCAACUGUAGUCAACCGCCAUGCGUUGUGCUGGCUUCUUGGAAGACAGAACACUAGACACACUGUUGUUGUGACCAGAAAGAGUUUGAUUGAGGGCCAACAAUGAAUUGGUGUGGCGGAACGGAUACAAAAACGGACUUGUGGACACGGAUAAAACUAACAUCAUGUGCAUUCUAUUUUAUGCAAUAGAAAAAAGGCAAGUCAAACCGAGCGCCAGUCAACGGAGCGCCGGUACAUGCUAUCAGUUAGGGUUAUAUCUUAUAAUUGAGUAAUAUACAAACCGAUAUACGAU